AUGUUCCGCAUGUUGGGUAACGCGAGGUACGGUUCCUCAUUUGAUUGGCCAAAAAAGGGCAAUGAAGUUGAAUACAUGAAUAUCGAGCGACCGAUUGUGGCCACGAAAGUGGAUGCCGUCGACUCGACGCCUAAGAUUCACGAGAAGAUCCUCAGGAAUACUGAAUAUACGGCAAACUUUGAGCCGUUUUCCGCUUACGUCUACAUUAUGGGCAAUGGAUUUAAAAAACCCAAGAAUUUGGAUGCACUGAAAGACGCGAACAAAGCCAUGAACUGGUACUCGGAAUGCGAGGCCAGGUCCAGACAGGCUAACCAUUAUAAGACCCGAUCGCAACAA